UUUCUAUCUAAUCUCAGACUAAUCUAGUAAAUAUUUUAAAAAUAGAAUUUUUUUUCAAAUAGCUUAAAUUGAAUAAAAAUUAAAAUUUUAAUAUAAAUAGAAAUUGUGAUAUAAAUAGAAAGUUGUAAGAUAGAUAGAGCCUGUAAUACAAACUAAAAGUAGUGAAAUAAAUAAAGGAAAUUUUAAAUAAAUUAUGAAUAAAGAGUGAAAUGGAUCCGAAUAGUAAUUUAGAGAGUAAAUUGUGGCUAAAUUCACCAGGAACAGCUGCUAGGAAUGAAGGAUAUCCAACUAAUGAAUUUAAAGGCUUGACACUCUCUGAUCCUACUGACCUCCCGCUUUCAGCUGAUAUUGUUCCUCUCAAAAUUUCAAAUGGGCCUCAAGAUGAGGUCGGUUCCGACGAGUUUGAUGUUAUGGUCAACGACCUCAGAAGCAUCUUCAUUUGCUGGCUCAAGAAGACACAGAACAGCCUCAAAUCGCAGCGCGAAAACCUCAUCCGAGAAGCAGAUGAAUUACAAAAGGAGAAAAAUGCAUUUGUUCAAAAAAUUAAACAGGAAAGAGCAAUAGAAGCUGAGAAAUUAGCUGAGGACAGAAGGAGACAGAAUGCAGAGAUAGCUAGCCAGUUGAAACAGAUACAAAUAGAAAGAGAGGACUCAAGGAGAAGAAUUGAGGAUGACUGGUGCAAAUUGGAGCAUGAGAAGGACGUGUUUAGGAAGUACAUGCAGCUGGAGGCCGAGAAGCUGAAGCAGAGAAUUGAGUUGCUAGAACAAGAGAAGAGAAAGGUUGUGGAUAGUAAAAUAGCCUCCGAGACGAUGGUCGACAUUAACGUAGGAGGCGUCGUCUUUGAAACCUCAAGGCACACACUGACUCGCCAGGAGAACAGUUACCUCAACGGACUCCUGAGUGGAAGAUACGAAGUCGGAAGAGAUCGCCAAGGAAGAAUCUUCCUGGACAGAGACUACGAACUGUUUAGAAUCAUACUCAACUUUUUGAGAAAUCCAACAUCUCUUCCAAUUCCAAGGGACCUGACGGAAAGUGCAAUGAUAUUGGAGGAGGCAAAGUACUAUAAAGUAAAAUUCAGCCCAUACCCGUUGGUGUUGUGUUACGGAGGACAUAACGGGAAGGAACACCUGCGUUCAAUGGAAUUGCUUGAUAUGGACAGUAAGGUUUGGAGAAAUUGUAACCCGAUGGCCACCGAACGUAUGUACUUUGGAUCUGGAGUUUUGAACAACUUUUUGUACGUUUUUGGAGGCCAAAAUCUUGACUACAAGGCUCUCUGUGAUGUAGAAAUGUAUGACCGCUUGAGGGACACAUGGCAGCCCGCGGCAUCCUUGAAGCAACCCAGGCGUAACAAUGCAGGCGCUGCUCUAGACGACCGCCUUUUCUGUGUUGGAGGGUUUGACGGUAUGACUAUUUUGGACUCAGUUGAAUCAUACGAUAUGCGCAUGAAGAACUGGAUACCAGUUGCCUCUCUCAAUAUGCCCCGUUCCUCGGCUAUGGUCACACAUCAAAACGGAUCAUUAUAUGCCAUUGGAGGUACAACUGGAGAACGCCUAAAGUCAGUGGAAAGAUAUGACGUAAGGAAAAAUGAAUGGGAACUCAUAAGCAAUGGAUUGCUUGAGGUUAGGUCAGCUGGGGCUGCAUGCACCUACCUCAAUGAGAUGUUCAUCGCCGGUGGAAUUGACAACCUUCAGUCUGUACACUCAUCUGUAGAGACCUGGGACUCGAAGAAUCAAACCAGUUCGUUUCUUAAGGAUGUGCCUGUCCCAGUCAUGGACUGUGCUAUGGCUUCAACUCCUCACAAUAUUGUCCUUGUUGGUGGACAAAAUAAUAAGAUUCUCGACUCUACAUUCUUCUAUCAACCAGAAUCUGAUCAAUGGACUCCAGGACCAAAGCUGAUAAUGCCGAGAUAUGGUCAUUCAGUUACCGUUCUUGACUUUUAAUGUAAAAUAAACAUUUUUCACACUAUUACAUCUUCACAAUAUUACAACUUCACAAUUUUAAUUUUAAUACCACUUUA